GGUUAUAACCAAUGUAGAAAUUUGCAGUAGUGAAAAUUUAAAUUUUGAAAAACUGAUUGUGAAAAAAAUCUGUCAGCUACUUGCAAAGGUUAUACGAAAAUGUUGAGGGGACAGACUUUAAGAUCUGUGAGAUUAGUAGGCUUGAGAAGAGCAUCCGUGCAUCCAUUCAGAUGUUACUCUGUAAAUUCAGAUCUAGUAGACAAGUAUAAAGCCAAAUUAGAACAAAAGGCUAAAGAAUUAGGACUUAAUUCUAUUGAACAAUUAAAGACUACUUUAAAAGAUGAUAUUGAAAAGGCUAAAAAGGAAUUUAGUGCAGUAGAUCCUCUUGCUGAAUUAGAAGAAUAUGAGAAGCGAAUGGCAGCUGAAGAAAAAGGUAAAUCAAAGACCAUUAAAGUUAGAUCUCCUAUUGAUAAAGAAACUCCUCCAGCUCCAUAUAAAACUCUUGAAUCUUAUAUUGAUGUUAAUAAGGUUAAAGAACUUCCUCGUAAAGAAAUUGAACUUAUAUGGAGAGCUAGAUUUCAAAAUAAAGAAAGAACUCUUCAUGCUGUAUUAAAUGAUUUACAAUUCAGUAAUAUGUAUGCAAAUGCUUUUAAAUGUCCUAGCUUUAUCUUACCAUUACCAAAAGAUGGUGAUGGUUAUGAAAUGCAUUUUGUUCAAUGGUCAUUUGUUGGUCCAUCUACAACUCAUUGUAUGUUAACUACAGUAGCGGAAUAUAAACUUCAUAAAGAAUAUGCUAAACCUCAUACAACUUUGAUGUUUCAUCAAGAAUUAACUGAUAAAGGUAUUGUCCUUAUGAAUGGUCAUUGUGAACAAGAAAGUUCCCUCACAAUGGAUGAAGCUCAACUCUUAGUAUUAAAUGUUCAAAGAUUUUAUGGAGCUCAAGUAGAAAAGGGAGUUGCUGAAAAGAAACUUGCCUUAUUGAGAAGCUUUACUUCAGGAGAUGAAUCAUUCAAUAUUGAAGAACUUGUUAAAGAAGCUACUACAUUUGAAUAGGUACAUAGAGAUAUUAUAAAACUUGUAUAUACAUUACAUA